CCUUUUCUUUUUUUUUUAUUUAAAAAAUUGAUAAUCAUAUUUUUAUAAAAAAAUUUAAAGCCUCAUAAAAUAUUUCAUUAUGUCAUAUAGUAAAAAUAAAUUAAUUAAUGAUGCACUUAAUAGAUCAUACGCAUUAUUAGAUCAAAAUCUUAAUAGUGAUACAUUUUAUGAACUUAGAAAACAAAUACUUCUUGAUGAUGAAUCACUUACGGAAAAUGAAAAAUCUGAAGCAAUAAUAAUAAUAACUAAAAUUUAUGAUUAUGACAAACUUCUUUUUAAUGAAGGAACAAAAAGAAUUUGUGAAAAUUGUAACCAAGAAUGUUUAGCUAUAACAUAUUGUGAAUAUUGUGUUCGAAAUUAUUUAAAAGUAAAAUUUUCAAAUUGGACAUCUGGAAAUGUUAUUAUUGAUAAUUUAAUACAAGAAUGUCAAAUGAAGACAAUUGUCCCACAUCUAAUACCAGAAUGGAUUCCAUAUAAUAAUCUACAAAAUAUUGAAUAUCUAACAAAAGGUGGAUUUUCAGAAAUUUAUAUGGCAAUCUGGAUUGAUGGGUAUUUUAUUGGAUGGAAUACUGAAAGGCAGCAAUUAAAAAGAUAUGGAGCUCAUGGUGUAGUACUUAAAAGAUUAGAAAAUGUUGAAAAUGCAAAUCAAAAUUGGAUUGAAGAGGUUUGUAAUCUAAAUAUUAAAACAGUUGACAAAUUAAUUUGAAAAUUUUAAAAUGGUUUAUUUUAUAGGCUAAAUCACAUUUAAAUAUAAGCAAUAAAUGGAGUGAAAUUGUCCAAUGUUUUGGAUUAACACAAGAUCCGUCAAAUGGAAAUUAUAUGCUUGUAAUGAAUAAUUUGGAUUUAGAUUUAAGAAAAUAUUUACAACAAAAUCAUAAUCAACUUACAUGGAAAGAAAGAAUUCAAAUUAUUACUGAUAUAACACUUGCACUUCGAAGAAUUCAUGAAGAAAAU